AGAUUUUUAUAGAAAAUGACUUGUUUUAAUAUUGAUAAUAGUCUUUAUAAGUCAUUUUUUUGUAUAUAUAUAUUUUUGGAAACUCUGUUAUGUUCUGGAGUAGUAUAUGGUUGGACAAGUAUUGUUGUUAUAUUUAAACACGAGAAAUUUUAUGAAAAGUUUUGUUCGGUUCUUGAUACAAACUCUACUUUAAAACAAAAUUGGAUGAAGCAAGAGAGACAAAACUGUGAUCAUCAAGACUUGAUGUUAAACUUAAUUUUUACAGUGUCAGCAAUUUGCAAAUGUGCAGAAUUUCCAAUCGGUGUCUUAAUUGAUAAAUUUGGUGCAAAGAAAGCCCGAUUAGUUUCUGGGUGUUUAUACGCCAUAUCUUGUCUCGGACUUGGAUUCAUAAAAGUCGGGUAUGAGGACUUUUUAUUUCGUAUAUUUAUUGGAAUUGUAUUUGGAGGUGCAGUACAGCUUAUUUCUGCAUACCAAAUGAGCAACUACAUUUUUUCUACAAAAACAAAAUCAAUUCUGAUAUGCAUUUUAGCUGGAGCGUUCGAUUUAUCAUCUUUUGUUUUUUUAAUGUUUAAGGUUGUCUAUGAAGCAGGGAUUGCUUUAAAUUAUAUUGCAUUUGGUUAUGCUAUCAUUAGUUUUGUGAUGACUUUUUUUGGAUCACUUGGGUUAGUUCCUGGCAAAGAUAAGGUUGCAAGGAUAAACAAUUCAAUUGAAAGUGAUAGUUGUAACCAAGGUACCAUCUUCGAAUCCAUAUUUUCUUUCAUGUAUAUUUUGCAAUUGAUGGUUUCGACAGUUAUACAAUUAAAACUUUGGUAUUAUGUCGGUACAAUGCAUGACAAUAUAACAAAAUUGACUUUCAAAGAUCAAGCACAAGUGAGUAUUUACACUAAUUUGUUUGGUUAUAUUCAAUUGGGCGGAAUACUUGUAACACCAAUAGUUGGUUUUUUGUUUCAUCAAAGUGAAAACAAAGUUGAUGAAAAGUCUCCAUUUCUUCAGCAUUCAAAUAAACGUAUAUCUGAAAUUCGAUCAUGUAUUAAACCAAUUGUUGUUACAAUAGUGUUGACACUUAUUCUCUGUAUGCUUUCGUUGUUUUCUGAUUUAAGUUUGGAGAUUCCCUGCUACGUUUUGUACACUAUAGUUCGAGCAUUUUUAUAUGCAAACAAUGCUGCUUUUAUUGGAGUUGCAUUCCCGGCAUCACAAUACGGAACUUUGUUUGGUUUAAAUGUUUUUGUUUCUUCCAUAUUUGGAUUUUUCCAGUACGCAUUAUUUAAGCUAACGAAAAAUACACUUAAUGGAAAUCCUUUUUGGGUAAACACAAUUCUUCUUAUAUUGGUCACUAUCUGUUUAGUGCAUCCACUCUACUUAUUUUGUUACUGUAAACCGAAAAAGAUUUCCUCAAAGAAGAAACAUGUCGAUAAAAAACCAUUAUUAAAACCAGAACCAAUCACUGAGACUAGUAUAUAACCAACUUAGCAGAAUGCAAAUAUAAUAAUAGGAUCAAAACAUCAGUUUUACAUAAUAGAAAUAUAUUUACUAAUCUUA